CGAAGCAGCGGGACUGCUUUUGAGAGAAGUUACGUACGGUAUUAUGGUACUUGAUCUACAUGAACCUCCGGUUUGGUUUCUGCACGGUACUUGGUACUGUCCUUUAGUACGAGUGCUACUACUCGUACUCGUGCUCGCGACAGAGCCCGUCCGUACAUCACAGUUCCGUGAGGUAAAAAUGUACAGCACUGUAACGUCGAAAUGCACCAUUUUGGUGCCGCACAGAUCCAAAGGAAGCAAACGCGACGCAGCAUUGCCAUUCGCAAUACGGAAUACGCAAUACGCAAUACGCAAUUCCGUUCCGCACAGGACGACAGGACGAAACUAGCAAAGCCAAGAAAAGCAAGGCAAAUCAAUCGUGCCAUGGCGAGGGGCGGGAGCAAGCCGUUUCCGAAGCGGACCGGCGAGUCCCUGACCCUGGGGUUCGAGAGCGUCCUGGUCGGGGAUUCCGGCCGAUCGCCCAAGGAAUUCCUCGGGGUCGCCGUCGAGGUCGUUCCCGGUGGAAAGGAGCUCUACAUCGGGUCCAACUACAAGGUCAAGUGGAAGCACGCAGUCGAUCUGAAACUCCUGGGCCGGAACGACGGCGCUGAUGUCCAAGACGGCGCCAGCGACAGCGACGGCGAGGGGGAGGAGGGCUUCGAGCUGACCUGCGGCCCCUCGUCCGGGAGCGGCGAGUCCCGCCGCGUCUUUUUGGUCCGUGGCCCCCUCCGGAGCGCGGUUUCCUGGGCGGCCUUCUCGGCAGCCCUCGGGGGGCGCUUCCGCAGGGAGACCCGCCGCCGCAGGCGCAGGCAGGACAAGAUCGAGGCAGAGGCCGAGGAGGAGCGCCUGAGGGAGGAGGAGGACCGGAGACAGAGGCUCGCUAGGGGCCGGAGCUACCGGUCGGGCAGGAGCUCCCGGUCCUACUCGAAGCGGCCCUACGACUUUAUGCGCAAAAACGCGGCCAACAUCGCCCGGAACGCCGAGGCAUGGUCCGACGACGAGGAAGAGGAGACCUACGGCCGGCAAGAAGAAGAACCCGAAGUAGAACCACAAGAACCACAAGAUCAAGAGCAAGAAAUCCCGAGGGACGCUGCACCUCACGGGGGUCCAGACGAUGGGAACGAGAGCGGCGAGGAGGAAGAGGAACACGAAUUCGGUGGUGAAACUUGCGAAGACGCUGGCACCAGCGACAACCCAGAAGGAACCGAGGCAGAUCGAUCGGAGACGCCCCGUUCCCCGCCCAGCAUUGAGAAAGAAGUAAAAGACGAUGGCGACGAAGAAGAAGCCGGUCAGGGCGACGACGACGACGACGACGACGAUGAAGACGAAGAAGAACAGGUGGCACCACCUCCUUCCCGGGGCUCCAGAACCACCGGCAGCGCUAGCCAUCCGUCUCGCAGCACCAAGCAGCCCAGGCGCAGGCGCAGGGGCCCCGUCCUGGACGAUUCCUCGGACGAGGAGGGAGGCAACGGGCAGGGCGAGAGCGAGAGCGACGGUGAGGCUUCCGCAACGGCAACGACGACGACUACCUCGGCAGCGGUCCAGCGGGUGGUGACCCCACCGGUUGGGAACGCAACCGGCUCGAAAAAGAAAGCAAAGCCAAAUCCCGCCUCGCUCGAGGCCUUCUUCCGGCCCCGGGCCAGAACCAGCAAGGUGACCCAAGCCAAAGCACGGACAAACGCGGACGCCUCCGAAACAGAAGCCGAAACCGGCACCGCUAAGUCCGAGACCGCGGUUUCCAAACCCACCGGUGGCGGUCCCUCAAGCUCCUUUUUUGCUCCGCGGGGUAAUCUGCAAAAGCCCCUGGCACCGAGUACGCCCCCCCGUUCUCCCGGGAACAAGACACCGGUGAGGUCUGAAAAGCAGCGAAACAAGACCCCGAGGCCCGGCCUGCUCGAGAGGGCGGAGGCCUCGGGGGGGAGUCCACCCGGCGACGAAGCAAUGGUCUCCUCCGCCAAAAAGACCGCGGCGGCCAAAGACCAAACACCACUGCGGUUCCCGGUCCUUGCUUCCCUCCAGAGCGGGACGCGCUCCGAUCCAGAUCGCUCGUCGCAUAGCGGGGUAGCCCGCGCCGAAACUGAAGCCGAGGCCGAGGACCCCAUCGAAGACUUUGGGCCAUCGUCGCAGUCGCCCAGAUCGAAGCGGCCCCUCUUCUCGCCUUCCGGAAGCCGCGGGUCUACGGCCUUGCGGAUCAAACGCCGGCGGCUGCGGCUGAGGGGGGCCUCCAAGAGCGCCCUCGAGGCCCUCGAUUUUGCCGAUGCCAAGACGGUACGGUCCCCCCUCCAACCCCAGCGGCUGGGCCAAAGGGUCGAGGAGGCCGCCGGUUCCUCCGGCGGGCAUUCCCUGUGGAGGGGCCUCCGGAACGACGGAAACUCCUGCUACGUCAACGCAUCGCUCCAGCAGCUCUUCUCGGUGCCAGCCUUUAUGGAGGCCCUGGCGGCCAGGACGAGGGGAAAAGGGGGCAGCAGCGGGGACGGACUGACGCUGACCACCGCGCUCGUGGACCUCUACCGCGACCUCUUCGGAGGGAGCCCCCGCACCGAUUCCCCGGCGCCCUUGGCUUCCGCCUCGGCCGGGAGGGUCAAGGCCGCCGUGGACCGUCUGACGGACCGCUUUAGGGGGUGCCAGCAGCGGGACGCCCACGAGUUCCUCGGGGAGCUCAUCGAUCGGGUCCACGACGAGCUGGUGGGAGCGGCGGGAGGGGAAGAAGGAGAGAACCAGCCCAUCGAGCCCACGGACGAGUUCUUUCGCUGGAACGUCAAGGUCUGCCUGGAGUGCAAGCACUGUGGCUAUUCCCGGUACGUACCACUGCCACCAACAAGGACCGCCGGCUUUUGAGUUGUGUGUGUGUGUGUGUGUGUGUGUGUGUGUGUGUGUGUGUGUGUUUUGUUUUUGUUUUUUUGCAGUGGUUCUUUGUGUCGCAUUCGUCGCCGCGGAUCGUUGAGCUCACUCUGUGCUUGGUUGUCGUCCCACCUCCGAAACACUUCAUCCAGCUCGAAAGAGGAGAUGCACCGGUACCUGUCGAUCGACAUCGAUCACGGGUCUGCCGAUUCCGGGCCGGCGGUUGGAGCGUGCCUGGCGAGGUUUUUUAGCCCCGAGGACCGCGAGAUCGACUGCGAGAAAUGCAAGAUCGGCAAAACCGCGACGCAGACCAUGGAGGUCCUCUCCCCGCCCAGGGUCGUCCUCCUCCAUCUCAAGCGCUUUCUCGUGGAGGAACGGGCCAAGGGGGGCAGUGGUCCGCCCGGGCUGGUCUUUCGAAAAAACAGGGCCCCUGUGGAGCUGGCCGAGGCACUGGACAUCGAAGCGGUGCGGGGCGACCUAACGAAAAGCGACCGUGACAACGACAACGACAAGCCCAGCGAUGGGCCCGCCACCACCCAGAGGCACCGCUAUUCGCUCCGGUCCGUCGUCCACCACAUCGGGAGCACCUCCGUCUCGGGCCACUACACGGCGGACGCGCUGCGGAAGGACCCCCUCAGCGGGGAGGACCGGUGGGUCUCCUACGACGACGGGGCCACGGCCGAGACGAAGCAGGGGGUGGUGGUCGGGUCCUCCAGCAACCAAAAGACCGCCUACAUGCUAUUGUACGCUUCGGCCCCGAGCGGGGCGGCGGGCCCGUAGGCGGCUUGUGCCGGAUACCUGUGCCCCAGCCACCGGUGGCCCUUGCGGGGGUGCUGCCAGAAGUGCGAGAAAGCAAUAAUGGUCUCGAGUCGAC